AUGCACUUUCCCUUAUCGCUAUCACGAAGCUAAUGCGAACGCGUGGUGGGCGGCGGAUAGGGUCUGAGCCCUGGAGUGAGUGCCCCCACGUGAAAGGCGCCGAGGCCUGCCAAUGACGUUGUUUGCGCCCAACCCCACCAUUUCACUGAACGCCGAGCAUCAGCCGCAUCCAUCAACCUCCGCGUUCUCGACCGCAUCCACACUGCAUCUGCCGCCCGUCACGCAGACAAUCCUAGUCGCACUCAACCCGCUUUGAGCAUGUCUGGUCUUGAAGCUGCCCUCUUCAACCUGAAGUUCACGGCGAAGUCGCUGAACCGACAAGCGCUCAAGGCUGGGAAAGAUGAAACAGCAGAAAAAGCGAAGGUAGAGAAGGCAAUGAAGCAGGGCCACCACGAUAUCGCGCGUAUCUACGCCCAAAACGCCGUCCGCAAGCAGAACGAGAAGCUGAACCUCCUGCAACUUGCCUCGCGCGUCGACGCGGUCGCCGGCCGGGUACAAACCGCAGUCACGAUGCGCCAGGUCACCGGCAACAUGCAGAAGGUGGUGAAGAGCAUGGAUGUAGCUAUGAAGUCGAUGAACUUGGAAAGGAUAACGGCUGUCAUGGACGGUUUCGAGAAGAACUUCAACGAUCUCGACGUUGUGGACGAAUUCACCCGUGAAGCGACAUCCUCAGCGACCGCGGUGGGAACACCCCAGGAUGAUGUCGACCGGCUGAUGGCCCAAGCUGCAGAUAAGGUUGGCGUCGAGCUGUCGGCCGAUCUCGAGGAGGCCACGCCCGCCAAAACAAAGAUCGGUCCUACCGAACAAGAGGAGCAAGGCCUGAACGAGCGCCUCCGAGCACUAAGGAACUAAGCUAGUCUGUUGGAUCGAGGCAUCACUUUGGAGUUCCGGAGUUAGGCGCAUAGAUUUUGACUGGGGUCCGGUACGAGUUGCUCAUUCUCGUUAUUCAUGCUGCAACAUGUCUCCUCAG